AUGCCUCCUACCCUCGGACACGCCCUGACUCUGGCGCCGCUGCUGCUGGACGGCUCGGCCGCGCAGCCCACGCAGGAGGACAACGGGGCGUCGGCACUCUCUAGCUCCACGGCGCGCUCCCACUCGUCGGCCUCCUCGUCCGCCUCGGCGAGUUGCGAGCCGACGGUGAUUCGUCAGCGGGGGUCGCACGUGAGCGAGCUGCGCAAGGCGACGGGCGCCGUGAUCGACGUGGAGAAGGACGAGAGCGGCGCGGGCACGGUGACGCUCAGCGGGGAGCCCAUGGCUGUGGACGCCGCGCGCUCGGCCAUCGAGGCUCUGCUUCAUCGCGCUGACUGACUGGCGGACUAGUGGGCCAACGCACACUCGUUGGACUGAGUGUGCGCCCGGACGGUGAGAUUUGGGUCAGCGAGGGCGAGCUUGCCGUGCGGGAUGCGAGACUCGUGCGUGGCCCGUGAGCGAAUGGGACUCUGCCUGUCCCGGCGGCGGCGUAUCUAAGGGUGCUGAUGAUGAGGUGUCAGGUUGUGUGGGCGGCGCAGGGCGUGGGUCAUGUGGGGUUUGCUCUGAGGGGGUCCUGUGGGUGCAUGCUGCCUUGCUGCCAUGUUUUAGAGUGUGGGGGUUUCUUUCGCAUCGCUCUAGCAGUUCUUGACGAAUUGUGAAAA